AUGGCUCAGUACCUUAUAGCGCUCAUUGCAGCCAUCGUCUUCAUUCUUGUGCACCUCGUAAUCUCCAUCACGGGAGAAACCGAUUCACCUGACGUGGAGGUGAUCCCUGUGGAAAAUCUUGGAAGCUCAGGCUCAUCUGUCACCGAGAUCAACUUGUCUGGCCUUGGAUUGACUGGCACUUUAGGUUACCAGCUUUCUAGCUUGGCAUCUGUAACUUACUUUGAUUUGAGCAGGAACAAUCUUCAUGGUGAUAUUCCCUACCAACUUCCACCCAGCGCAGUUCACAUAAAUCUUGCGGGGAAUACAUUUACUGGUAGGGUACCUUAUUCGAUUUCAGAAAUGUCAGACCUUGAAACUCUUAUUCUCGCAAAUAAUCAGCUGAGUGGACAAGCGUCAGAUAUGUUUGGAAAACUUCGAAAGCUCUAUGAGCUGGUCUGUCCAAGACCAAAAACUGCUGCUGUCCAGGAAUUUGAAGAUAGGAAUUUGCUGUCAAGAGAAUUCCGGUUGCUGUCCAGAAUUCUGGGAAGUCAAAACUGAUGUCAAAUCCCUCAUAGUGGCUAUCCAGUCACCCCUAGUGCUGUCCAACAAGCCCAGCAGUUUCCUGCUGUUGUCUCGACGUCCAGAAGACCUCCAAUCGUCGACCAGAAGGUUCCCAAGCCCUGAAAGUUGCUGCCCACUCUCUCAAGCACCUAAACGAUCACCUUGGGGCCUCGAAUCUACUUCCUUUGGGUAAACUCUUCCCCUGGAUCUUUUAUCUUCGUAGUGACUCUCAAUUGUGGUCUAGUAAAUUCAUGACGAUCAUGUUAAUGCUUCUCCGCUAAAACCUAGUAAUUAGAAGAGUUGUAUGAGGGAUCUUUCAUAGACUAAUCU